AUGAGUGUUAACCCGAGCUCGGAGCCUGCCUUGAUCAGCAAGAAGGGAAAGACGGCCAAGGUAUAUACCUUGAGACAGCUUUGUUCCCAACGCUUUCACAUGGAGCAGCCUGAUCUGGUACACACUCCAACGAAACUCUUCGACCGCGGCGACAAAUUGGGUGGCUCCUCGGAGUUUUUUCCUGGCGGUUUCUUGAGUCCGAAGUCCACCGAGACCCUGGAAGGCUGGCUCCAGGAAGCAUUCCGCGAGCAGCAGAUCGCAGUAGCACAGGCGCUACAGGUCCGGCAGCAGUGGAUGAUGCAACAACUUCUCGGCAAGCUGGAUGUCGUCAGCCCCACAAACAGAAGCAGCUCUGGAACCGACGCAACACCACUUCGGGUGCCGGCGGCACAGGUCUCAACUCGAUUGAACAGCAGAGGAAGCAGCAGAGAGCGUGGCAUGGACUCAGUAGAGCCACAGGCUCCUCCAUUGCCUCCAUUCCCACCGCUGCCGAAUCAGCUGCCCAACCACCUCUCAGAGUCAGAUCCUGUGCAAGGCGCCAAGACCGAGAUCAUGAGCCUCGAGAUCCCCCGAGCUGCUGGUCGCAACAGGCCGGGUGCAAAGCCGGACGUAUUGAAACUCGACGACGACGAUGAAGAUCUGGUAGCCACUGAGGCUUCGAAGGAGUCUAUCGGAAAUUCCGGAUACAGUGGCAGCAAGUCGCCAACCGUGAGCGGCCGGCCGAGCCAAAGCAUGGGUGCAAGCCGUGCUGACGGAGCGAAGCUCUUCCGGAGAGCUGAUGACUUCUUGGAUCAACUCAAAAUGCCUUUUUGGCAUCCAGGACGGAUCGUGAAAGCCACGCAAUUUGAUGCCUUCAUUUGCGCGGUCAUCAUGCUGAAUACAUUGGUGAUGGCCUUCGAAUCCCAAUAUCUUGGUCUCCAAAGAGGCUAUGACCUGGGCUAUCCGCGCUUCACUCUGCCAGCCAGCGAAGAGUGGCCUCUCGCAGAUCUCGGCUUUUUCAUGUUGGAUUGGGUUUUCGGUGUGAUCUACUUCCUAGAGAUCAUCAUCAAGAUCUUCGGCCUGAAAUGCGGAUUUAUCAAGGACCCAUGGAAUUGGUUUGACUCGUCCUUGGUCAUGUUUUGGCUGGUGGAGAAGACCUUGAGCGCGUACGCACAGCUGGAUCAGGGCCUUCUCAGAGUGCUCCGAAUGGGGCGAGUGCUGCGUCUCUUGAGGCUGGUAAAAACUAUUCAAGGCUUUGAUGCCUUGUACAUCAUGACGACAGCCAUGCAAGGAAGCGUCACAGUGCUUUUUUGGUCAUUUGUGCUGCUGAUGGUGGUGCAGACUCUCAUAGCAUUUACCCUUAAUCAAGCGUUGGACAGCUACUUCAAAGACAAGACGAAGCCUGUGAACGAGCAGCACCAGGUCUUUGAAUACUUCGGAACUGCGGGGCGUGCGAUGUUCACCAUGUUUGAACUCACCCUGGCGAAUUGGCCGACGGCAGCACGCAUCUUGCAGGAGAACGUAACAGAGUACUACGGCAUCUUCUCCGUUGCCUAUAAGCUCAUCAUCGGCUUUGCGGCGGUUGGCAUCAUCAAUGCCGUGUUUAUGCAGGAAACGUUUAAAGUGGCCGCCUCCGAUGACAAGCUCAUGAUGCGCCAGAAGGACCGAGACCGAAUGCUGCAUACAAAAAAGAUGCGGACCUUGUUUGCAGCUGCGGACGAAUCUGGUGACGGCGUGUUGGACCAAGAUGAGUUCAGAGAGAUCAUGAACAACCCGGACAUCAGGAUGUGGUUGGCAGCACAAGAGCUGCCAGUUCGAGAUCCAGACGUUCUGUGGAGGCUGCUUGACGAUGGAGACGCAGAAUUAACUGCUGACGAGUUGGUCGCAGGAGUCGACAGGCUGAAGGGCACUGCCAAAGGCAUUGACCUUGCUGCUUUUAUGAUGGAGACGCGUGAGUUUCAGAUAAAGAUCUGCGAGAAACUUGGGAUUGAGAUGGAAAAGGAAGAGGAAGAGGAGGACGACGAUGAUUGA